AUGCAUUGGUCUUCCAUUCUUUCUUCCGCCUUGCUCGUCGCUGGCGCGAGCGCGUUUCCUCAGUAUACUCAUAAGAGAUCCCCUCCGUCACCAAGUGCAUCGUCUUCGGUGGCAGUUUCGACUCCUUCGCCUUCUAUUGCACCCAUCAAAGCUGCCGGUGCCGCAACUGAUCCCGCUUAUUGGUUGGCCGAUAUCGACCAUCAAGGGAAAGCCCCUUUUGCUGGGAGCGGAUACACUGUUUUCCGUAAUGUCAGGGACUACGGUGCUGCCGGUGACGGCACUACUGAUGACACGGCUGCUAUCCAAAUGGCCAUCAGCGACGGUGACCGGACAGCACCGUCUUCCAACAGCACAACCACCAAGACUCCCGCUAUUGUUUACUUUCCCGCUGGCACCUAUGUGAUCUCUUCUCCUAUUAUUGACUACUACUUUACUCAACUCGUUGGUAACCCCAACAGUCCUGCCAUUCUUAAGGCCACCGCCAACUUUGCCGGAAUUGGUCUCAUUGAUGGAGACCAAUACCAACCCAAUGGCAAGGAAGGAUGGAUUUCUACUAAUGUUUUCUUGCGUCAAAUUCGCAACUUGGUUAUUGACAUGACCAACAUUCCUGGCAGUACUGCAGCCACUGGUAUUCACUGGCCCACGUCCCAGGCUACUAGCCUGCAAAACGUGGUCGUCAAUUUGAACGCUGACGAUGGCAGCCAACAUACGGGUAUUUUCAUUGAGGACGGGUCCGCUGGAUUCAUUGGCGAUGUGGUUGUCAACGGUGGUUUGCAGGGUCUCAACAUCGGCAACCAACAGUUCACCAUGCGCAACGUUACCAUCAACAAUGCCGUUACCGGUAUCACUCAGCUCUGGAACUGGGGCUGGACCUAUGUCGGACUCAAUAUCAACAACUGUAAAUAUGGUAUUACGUUCAGUACAUCCGGCGGCACUCAACUCGUCGGUGGCGUGAAUAUCAUCGACAGCACCAUCUCCAACGUUGAAACAUUCGUUAACACUUCCUGGACCUCUAAUGGCGACCCCGCCGGCGCAGGUAAUUUGAUCCUAGAGAAUGUUGUUUUGGACUCGGUGACUACUGCCGUUGCCGGACCUGGCGGCACUACCUAUCUUGAAGGAGGUUCUAAGACUAUUGCCAGCUACGGUCAGGGUCACGAAUAUUCUCCUACCGGACCCAGCACUCUUUCCGGAACAUACGCUGCUGCGUCUCGUCCCACUGCUCUCCUUGCCUCUGGCACUUCCAACUACUAUACCAAGGCCAAGCCCCAGUAUGAGUCUUAUACUACCGACCAAGUAGUCAGCAUCCGCAGUGCUGGCGCUGCUGGUGACGGUACCACUGACGACACCGCUGCCAUCAAUAAGGCUCUCUCCUCUGCGGCCUCUAGUGGAUCUCUUGUUUUCUUCGACUACGGUAUCUACUUGGUCACCGACACCAUCUACUUCCCUCCUGGAUCCAAGGUUGUCGGAGAAAGCUACCCUAUCAUCGCCGGUAGCGGUGACAAGUUCUCCGAUGCAUCCCACCCUUACCCUGUUGUCCAAGUUGGCAAGAGCGGCGAUAAGGGUACUGUCGAAUGGUCGGAUAUGCGUGUUGGUACCAUUGGCGGCACUGCCGGCGCUAUCCUCAUUGAAUGGAACCUCGCUGGUGAACUGGGUUCGGGUGCAUGGGAUGUGCACUCGCAGAUUGGUGGCUGGGCAGGGUCUAACCUACAGCUUAGCCAGUGUCCAACCACUGCUGAUGUUUCAAGUGACUGUCAGGCUGCUUUCUUGAACGUCCACAUUACCUCUGACGCGUCGAAUGUCUACUUUGAGAACAACUGGUUCUGGACUGCUGAUCAUGACAUCGAGGACCCAGCUAACACCCAGACGUCAAUCUACACUGGUCGCGGUGUUCUUGUGGAGGGCAGCAACAUUGAAAUGUGGGGCACCGGCUCUGAGCACCAUGGACUCUACCAAUUCCAAUUCAACGGUGCUUCCAACGUUGUAGGUGGCUACUUCCAAACCGAAACACCCUACUACCAACCCAAGCCUGAUGCCACCUCCGGGCCUUACAAAUCUAUCACAUCCAGCCCCUGGUCCGACCCAGAAUUCAGCACCUGUCUUGAAGGAAACUGUGAUGCCCUUGGCCUACACAUCACCAACAGCAAAGACAUCACUAUGUACGGUCUCGGUUUGUACAGCUUUUUCAACUCAUACAGCACAUCUUGCUCGAACGUCGGUAACGGCGAGAACUGCCAGAGUGAGACUUUCCGUGUCGAUGGCUCUGUGUCCGGAUUGAAUGUCUAUGGCUACCAGACUGUGGGAACUACGAACAUGAUCACUAUUAACGGAACCAGUGCUGCUUUGUACUCGGACAACCUGAGUGUCUACCCUGACUCUAUUGCUUUGUUCUCUUACUAGAUUAGGAACGCAUUCUAGCGUGAUUUGCCAAAACCGUUGAACAGUUUUGGGAUACUUUCUUGCUAGAUGAGUGAUUCGCUCAUAUUUCGCUGUAGUAUUUUCAAAUCAAGUAUUUAAUUCCACCAUUCAUAUCUGAUUGGCCCAUUUCGCAUCUCGUGUCGCGUU